CGCCGUCAUGUCGCUCUGCCUCGUGAGCGAGGGACUCAAGUGCUUUGGUUUCUUCUCGGGGUUGUACCAGUCGCUGAAGGUGCUCCAUCGACAGGAGAGGCAUUCGAAAUGCCACCACGUGCUCAAGUUUUGGGCGGUUCUUGGGUCGAUUGUCCUGUUUGGCCAGUACAUCGAAGGGUUCAUUUCGUGGCUCCCAUUCUACUACUGGGUCAAGUGCAUUGUCGUGGGAGGGCUCCUCCUACCGAAGGCCAAGCUCCACGUCGUGGCGUUCGAAUCGGCUGUGCUGCCGGCUGUGGAAUGGCUGGAUGUGUACUUUGAGAGCAAGACAAAACCAGAACUCCUGCGACUUGCCGGUCUAUAUGGACAAUGGCUCCACGAAGCCGUCAUGCAGCUUGCUCUUCCAUCCCUGUCGGAUGCCGCACUGGACAAGCUCGAGAAAGAUCUCAUCAAACGACUCGACGACGUUCGGGAAGCCAAAAAAGUCCGUGCAGACGCCAUGUAGAGCCAACGAGUCUCUCCAUUCGACGUAUCGUAAAUGGAUGCUGCUGGCAUCCACAGGAGUGUACAGAGCGAUGUGUUCCUAGGGCCAUGACAAGCGCAUCGAGUGGAAAGUUGUUUGGAAAACGCAUUAAAUUAGUCGAUCCAAUUGCUCGACUAUUCGAGUAAACGUGGGUCUAUCGGUGGG